UAGGCUGAGGCGAGGGGAAGCCUCUCCCCCGAGCAACCUCAGCUCCCGGCGCUGGCUUUCCAGCUGUCUGUAGGCCUGGGUGAAGGGUAAGGGUCCGCGAAGGGUGGAGCUGACCGCGGCCCCUCCCGCUCUCCCGCCGCUGUGUCCGUCCGCUCCCGCCGCCCCUGCCCUCCAUCCAGGACCGGCCGUGGGGCGGGCGACUUCGCGGCGGCUGCCGGUGCUCCUAACUGAAAGGCACUGUUUCCACAGCCCGCGCUGUCCGCCACGUCCCCGGUCUCGGCCGACGGCGCUGCGCGGCGGGUGACCUCUCCGAGCCCGGCGCGAUGACGGCUCCUUGCUCCCGGCUGGCCCGGCUUCCUCCGCGCCGCCGGCUCCGGCUCUUGCCGUUCCCGCCGCCGCUGCUGUUGCUGCUGCUGGCGGCCGCGGGCCCCGCGCGCGGCUGGGAGAGCGGAGACCUGGAGUUGUUUGACUUGGUGGAGGAGGUGCAGCUCAACUUCUACCAGUUCCUCGGGGUGCAGCAGGAUGCUUCUUCUGCAGACAUUAGGAAAGCAUAUCGUAAGCUUUCACUAACUUUGCAUCCAGACAAGAAUAAAGAGGAAAAUGCAGAAACUCAGUUUAGACAAUUGGUGGCCAUUUAUGAAGUUUUAAAGGAUGAUGAACGAAGGCAGAGGUAUGAUGAUAUUCUGAUCAAUGGACUUCCAGAUUGGCGACAGCCUGUAUACUACUACAGGCGAGUGAGAAAAAUGAGCAAUGCUGAGCUGGCAUUACUUUUGUUCAUUAUUCUCACAGUGGGUCAUUAUGCUGUGGUAUGGUCAAUCUACCUGGAAAAACAAUUGGAUGAACUGCUUAGUAGAAAAAAGAGAGAAAAGAAAAAAAAGACAGGCGGCAAGACUGUGGAUGUGUCAAAACUUGGUGCUUCAGAAAAAAAUGAAAGAUUACUGUUGAAACCACAGUGGCAUGAUUUGCUUCCAUGCAAGCUGGGAAUUUGGUUUUGCCUUACACUAAAAGCAUUGCCUCAUCUAAUCCAGGAUGCUGGGCAGUUUUAUGCUAAGUAUAAAGAAACAAAAUUGAAGGAAAAGGAAGAUGCGUUGACUAGAGCUGAACUUGAAACACUUCAAAAGGAGAAGAAAGUUAAAGUAAAAAAACCAAAACCUGAAUUUCCUGUAUAUACGCCUUUAGAAAGUGCAUAUAUUCAAUCUUACGAUCAUGGAACUUCCAUAGAAGAAAUUGAGGAACAAAUGGAUGAUUGGCUGGAAAACAGAAACAGAACACAGAAAAAACAGGCACCUGAAUGGACAGAAGAGGACCUCAGCCAGCUGACAAGAAGUAUGGUUAAGUUCCCAGGAGGGACCCCAGGUCGAUGGGAAAAGAUUGCCCAUGAAUUGGGUCGAUCGGUGACAGAUGUGACAACCAAAGCUAAGCAACUGAAGGAUUCAGUUACCUGCUCCCCAGGAAUGGUCAGGCUCUCCGACCUCAGACCCACGGCUCAGAAUCCCAGGCCCCCCAAGAGCACGGCGGCCCUGCCGGACGAUCUCAUCACGCAGCGGGAGGAGCCGGCCGCGGAGGAGGCGGAGGAGCAGGGCGAGGCGGAGGAGCAGGAGGCCGAGGUCCCCGAGAGCCGGCCCCGGAGGCGGAGGCCCGCGCGGCUGCCCGAGCCGGAGGAGAAGGUCCGAGCCAAGAGGCAGAAGGACUUCGAUUUGUCAGAACAGAUGGAGUCCAGCGAUGAGGAGAGCCAGAGGAGAGAGAGAACGCGAGCCACAGAGGAGCCCUGGACUCAGAACCAACAGAAACUUCUGGAAUUAGCCUUGCAGCAGUACCCAAAGGGAUCCUCUGAGCGCUGGGACAAGAUAGCCAAGUGCGUCCCGUCUAAGACUAAGGAAGACUGUAUCGCUAGAUACAAGCUGCUGGUUGAACUGGUCCAAAAGAAAAAACAAGCUAAAAGCUGAAUCCUCUGGAAGAUGAUGUUUACCUUUAUUUUCUGAAAUAUUAUUUUAAAAAUCUUAUGCAGAAAUUUGCAUUUUGUACCUCAGUAUUUCUAUACGUCAUGUGCCUUAGUAAAAAAAAACAAACAAAAAAAACACAAAAUUUAAAAUAAAUGUGCUACAUUGUUUAAACAAA